AAGUUUGCAAACAGCUAGGAAGAUACAGUACUUUACUCAAUGGAAAGUGUAUUACUUCAGUUAAACUCUUGCUCCAUAGAAUAAUAGCUCACCAGGCUACUUUCCUCAUUCAUGCAUGGUUCCCAUGUUUUCUGGCAUUAUGUUCCACUAGGCUUCCUUUAGUUGAAUCCAUUAUUAUAUGUAAUCAAAAUGGGGAACUAUUACCAUCACUCAAUAAGAGCUGCAAGCACUUUUUAUUUUGAGUAUUUUUGACAGGAGUUUGGAGUUCUGACUCAGCAAUGCAUUCACAAGCCUAAUGCAUUAGAAUGAGGAAAAAUAAAGGGAGAAAUGAAGCAGUGAGGCUUGCUUUUAUUUUAUAAUCCUCUUUGUUUUUCUAGAACUUCUGAAUAGCCCCAGAAUCACUGAGUCAAUUUUGGAAUCCCAUUUUCAUGACAAAGCAAACAUUUAUCCUAAAAAAUGAGCCCAUUAUAAAACAAGACUUCCUGGUUUCAGCUCUUGCCGUUACUUCUAGUCUCUUUUCUUUAGAAAUACGGCAUCCAGCAUUGAUCAUGUUUAAAACUGGAAGCAGGAUUACUUUCUAUGAAGGCAAGAAUUUCCAAGGAUGCCGCUAUGAGUCUGAUAGGGAUUGUUUGGAUUUCCACACUGACUUGAGCCAUUGCAAUUCCAUCCGUGUAGAAAAUGGUGUCUGGGUUGUUUAUGAGCAGCCAAAUUUUGCAGGAAACAUGUAUGUUUUAACCCAUGGAGAAUAUCCUGAAUAUCACUGCUGGAUGGGUCAAAAUGAUAGAGUCAGCUCCUGCAAAUCCAUUCAGUUGACUGGUGGAGACAAAUAUCAGAUCCAGCUCUUUGAGAAGGGUGACUUUAAUGGUCAAAUGCAUGAAUCUGCAGAGGAUUGCCCUUCUGUGAUGGAGAAGUUUCACCUGCCAGAAAUUCAUUCUUGCAAAGUUCUGGAUGGGGCAUGGAUUUUCUACGAACAUCCCAACUUCCGUGGCAAGCAGUAUUUCUUGGAGAGAGGGGAAUACAGUAAACCCACAGAGUGGGGAGCAGCAACCCCACUGGUCCAGUCCUUCCGCCAUAUUGCAGAAUAAUAAAUAGCAUGGAGUCUGAAACUGAUAUGAUAGAGACUUGAUGCCAUACUUGUGGGCUUCAUGAUACCUGUCAUUAUUCGUGGUAUAUGUGUCCCUUUGAGUGAUCCUUUAAAGGAGAUGACUAAUCUCUGCACUGCUAUUUUGGAAAGAUAAUUAAAUUUAUUUA